AUGGGCCUUGCGGCGGAUGCGGGGGUUGUGGAGGAUGUGGUGGUUGCGGCCCUGGUGGUUGUGGCCCUGGUGGUUGCGGCCCCGGCGGGUGCGGCCCCGGCGGCCCUGGUGGUUGUGGCCCUGGCCCUUGCGGUGGCUGUGGCGGCUGCGGCGGCUGCGGUGGAUGUGGAGGUUGUGGAGGUUGUGGAGGCUGCGGCCCCGGCCCUUGCGGUGGUUGUGGUGGCUGUGGCGGGCCUGGUCCUGGAUGUGGUGGGUGCGGCUCCUCGGCAGAAGAUGGAUGCCUCCAGCAACUUGAUGAGUGUGGCAUCUUCUGCAUCAGCCGCAUCACCGAACGCCAUGUUGCCCUCCAGCAUGGGGCUGCCCGCCGCCCAGGCCAUGGCAGCUGCUGGAGCUACGCCUGAGAUGCUGCAAAUGAUGCAGCAGAUGAUGGGCAUGAACUCAGGCGGCUUUGUUGAUCCCGGACAAAAAGGAGCUGUGGAAGCCCAGCAGGAGGCCUUGGCCAACGCAGCAAGGGAGCUGCAAGCGGCGCAGGAAGCCGCAGCAGCUCAACAGGCUGCCUUGGAAUCCAUGUCGCCAGAGCAGCGUGAUGCCGUUUUGGCCGCCAUGUCUGCCGCCAGCGAGGCCCAGCAGGCACAGCAGUCCCAGUUCUAUGAGGCCAUGAAGGCGCACGAGAUGGAGAAGUUGCAGAAGAGCGGCUACUACCAGAGCAACCAGCCCGAGCGGUUCAAGGAUGGCUACCGCCCGCUGCGGAUGUGCAAGCACUACAAGACGGACCAGUGUUGGCGAGGGCAGGAGUGCACCUACGCUCACAGCUUGGAGGAACUGCACCCGGCCUCACCGGAUCUUCCACGUGUGGAGGUGAAGGAAACCAAUGCUCUGGCAGAGCAGCAGAAGGUUGAAGACAGUGCGCCGGAUGUCCGUCUGAAAAAGAAAAAGGAGCUGUGUAACAAGUGGAAAAAUGGUCAAGAUUGCGUGCUGGGAAGAGCCUGCCCAUAUGCUCACGGAGAGAAGGAGCUGGGAACCGUGGAGCUUGUCGUUUGUGGGCGUGUGAAGACAAGGAUCUGCAAGUUCUGGACAACGGGAAGCUGCAUGUUCCUGGGCAACUGCGUGAACGCGCACGGUGAGAAGGAGCUCGGCACUAAAAGGCCAGACUUCAUGACUCCUCCCAUGAAGAAGAGAAGGGAAGGAGAGUCUAUUGACGAGUUCCGAGAGCAAGUGAUUGCAAAGAAGGGCGGCAAGGGCAAGGGAAGGGGUGCCGGCAACCACUGA